GGAUCAGCGCAUGCGUCCACCACUUGCCCACCUAGCUCCAGGCGAGGGGCGACGCCUCGAGUUGGAGCACGGAGGGUGUGGGAGGCGGACACUUCUCUGGGCCUAGUUGCCCUAGAGAAGCCGCCGCCGGGAGCCGGUGCGAUGGCGGAGGAGCAGAGGUGCUACGGUACCGAGUCAGACCCCAACUGUAAGACAGCGACGACUGCAGAACCAACGAUGUCCCCAACGCAGACCUCUGAGGUCGCCGCAGGGUCAUUGGAGCUCGAGGACUACGACCUCAAGUGCCUGUUCUGCAGGAUCGCGCGGGGGCAGGAACCGAGCACCGAACUUUUGCCCUGUGAGAAUGAAGACCUAGUUUGUUUCAAAGAUAUCAAACCAGCAGCACCUCAUCAUUAUCUUGUGGUGCCAAAGAAGCAUGUUGGAAACUGCAACGAUCUAAAGAAAGAUCACGUAGAACUGGUUGAAAACAUGGUAGCAGUUGGAAAAACCAUCCUCAAAAGGAAUAAUUUCACUGACUUUAAAAAUGUGAGGAUGGGUUUCCAUAUGCCGCCAUUCUGUUCCAUUUCCCAUUUACACCUUCAUGUUCUAGCACCAGUGAAUCAGCUUGGCUUCAUAUCAAAAUUGAUUUAUAGAGCCAAUUCCUACUGGUUUAUAACAGUUGAUUAUUUGAUUGAAAAACUAAGAACAUGAAAAUGUCAACAGUGGAAGAUUUUCCUAAUCUUGGCUUAGCAUAAACUAAUAUUUUGGUCCCUUUGAGGUUUAAUUGCAACUUUCAGGUUUGUUGGGUUUUAUGAGAGGCUGUUCCUGAGAAGCCUUAAGUCCUUUCUGAAUGAAUGUGUUUCCUGAGAUCAGCGAUAUAAUUUAUACGAAUGCUUUGUCAUUGACCUUUUUGUUUCAGUGGUUACUUAUCAAAGUUAUAAGAUACUGUAUAGGUAAAAUACCACUAAAACAAAUUCAGUUGAUCAAGAAGGGCUCUGUAUUAAAAGAUUCAAAGUUUUCAUUUCUCAGUAGAUAAUCAAAUUUUAAUAGCAAUUUAUUUAUUUAUGCAUAUUCACUAUGAAGAAUAAACUAGUAUAGAAGGUAUUUUAUUGGGACCUUUAUUACUAUGAAGGAGAAAAAGAACUACUUGACAAUUUUGUAGAUUGUAUGUAAAUUUUCAAAAUAUAGAAUAGGACAAUACACAGCAAUCUGUGAUUUUGUUGGUGGGAAGAAUUGUAUAUGUGUCACUUUUCACUUAAAUUUCAGAUGUCAGUUUUCAUUUCCUGAAGCCUAGCAUCUUUGUCAUAUAUUGGUCCAGAAAGCUGAGAACAUAAUUUCUAACAGUGAAUUUAAAAACAAACAAACAAACACAAUUUGACUGUCCAGCAGAAUUCACUGUAAUGGAAUUUUACCUGUAAGAACAUAAAUGAGGACAAGCAUAAAAUGGUUAUAUUGAUUUAUUAAAACUGGUAGAAACUGUUGCUUUAUGGCUUGUUUUUUGUAUCAAAGGGAAAUUAGAAUAAAAAGUGGAGAGAGAGCUUUUAUCAUAAAAAAGGCCUGAUUUGAAAGUGCAUAUAGGCUUAGAUGACAAAAUUUAUUUUAAUAACUAUAAUAAUAAUAUUGAUAUAUCAUUUCAUAAGGCAUAUUUCUUAGGAAUUGCCUUUUGGUGCUAAGCCAUUUUAAUACUUCUGUGUAAUCUACAGUAACAAUGGUGAAUAUGAAUGGAGAGCAGGUGCUCAAAGCUAAUCCUAUAUUGUGCCAGUGUACAGGAAUAUAAAUAAACAUAAAAAUGUAUUGAUGUUGGAAAUAGGCUGUAAUUACUAGUUCCCUUUCUCUCUCUUUUUUUUGGGGGGCAUUAUUAAAAAAAAAAACAUUGUUUUAAGUAAUGAAAUACUUAUUGCAAUAUUUGGUUAAAACAUCUGGAGUCAAUAUUGUUUAAUUCAUUCAUUUAUUCAUUCAGCAAACAUUUUUUGAGCAUUUAACAUGUACCAGACUCUGUGCUCAGGGAGUAUAGAAAUGAGAAAAGACAGUCUGCCUUCAAUAGCUAAUUCAGGGGUCAGACAAAAUUAGUGAAUAGAAUUUAGUGUAGCAAGUGCUAUAAUGGUUAUAUGUCCACAGAAGACGCUGUGGAGGGAGAAACAGUUCUGAGAGCAAGUGGCAGGAAAACUUCAGUAUUGAAGACUCAAUGUUAGGCAGGCAGACAGUGGCAGUUUAGGCUAAUACCUCCACAUGUACUUUUCUUAAGUUCUUUUUCCACUUUUAUUUACUUGACAAUGGAACUGAAAGUCAAAAUUUCAUUUUAAUCACUAGAGGCGGAGAAGGGGAUUUGGAAGUAGGGGUUAUGGCCUCUUAAAAUUGCAUUGCAAGUUUUUCAGUACUGCUUUGUGAAGUAGCUCAUGGAGGACCUAUUUGGAUUGACAGUUACAAGUUUCUAUACAUCAGUGAAAAUCUGACCAGUUCCAGGAAAGGAAUUUCAACAUGUGCAACCUUGCUUUCCUAUGUGAACUUGCAAUGAUAUAAUUGACAAUAGUGUGAGAGAUAUUUAAUGUAUUUAAAGCCUAAUGGGUCUCUUCAAAAAUGUGAUUAUCCCAUUGAUUUAAUUUAUAUACUCUCUCAUACAAAUUUUUCUUCUUUGUUGUAAAACCCUUGGAAACUCACAUUUUUAGUCUAGAUUCUCUGUUUUUGCUUGUAAAGAUUAAUAAUCAAAUUACAAUUAAAAUUCAUUUAGCCUUUUCAGUAGUUUCUGGUAACUCCCUAGCUAUGUAACCACUAGCGAGGGAGUGGUUAAUAACCACUAACCAACACAAAGCUAAUUUAUAACCUUUCUUAAAAAUGGGUAUAGCAGUAUUGAGAGCAUUAUUUGUACAUGUUAUGAUAGUAUCUGUUUGUAAUUGCAGAAUUAUAAAAUUAGUAAUAAUAAGCGAUUUCAAACUGUGCUUACUUAGCUAGGAGAAAGCUAAAUAAAAAUGGAAAAAUACUGCAUCAAAUUUUGCCUCUCGGGUCUCUUUUAAUAGUACUACAAACAGAAUUCCAAAUGAAAGUCUUUAAUAAAUUGGCUAAUUGUAAUAUGUGAAGGAUUCACUGUCAGAGAUGUUGAAAUACCUCUUUUUUAAUAUAAAGAUUCCAAGGUCAAGAGCACAGUCUAUAUUGUUGUAACACUCAAACACUCCCUAGAUUUUGAUGUCAAAAGAUCACCUGCAAAAGCUGAUGCCCACGAUUUAAUUGUCAAGUCACUGAAAUGAAGUUGAUACCUGUUGAUUCUUCUGUUCAUCAAUCAGCUUUCUUCUAGUAAUAUAAAUACAAAAAAUCAGAUCUCAAAUUCAUUAAAUCAAGUCAGAUCCUUGUUGUAUGAUUAUUAAAACCACAUAGGUAGAGAUGGAUCCACAGUCAGCAAUUAUGUAUAAAUUAUCCCUAAGCCAAAUAAACUUCCAAGUAAGUGUAUUGUAUUUUCUGAUAUAAAACAGGCACCUCAGGCACCUCAGGCUUAAAAUAUAGUGCAGUACUAUUCAGCAGCAAAAAUGGGCCAUUUAUACAUACUACAUGGAUGAAUCUCAGCAACACUGUGAAAAGAAACUUUCACAAGAGUAUAUACUACAGGGUUCCAUUUAUAUGCAGUUUUGGAACAGGCAAAAAUAAGGUGGAAAAAAUCAGAGCAGUGGUGGCUUUUGGGCUGGUGUGAGGGCAGAGAUUGACUUGGAAGGGGCAUAAGGAAACUCUGGGGUGAUGAUACUAUUCUGUAUCUUGAUAGAGAUUUGGGUUACACAAGUAUAUGCAUGGACAGUUUCGACAUUACCUAUGACCUCUGCUGCUGGGACCUGUUAACUAUUCAAUUACUUUGCUGACUCUGUGUUGUACCAGUCUCAACACUGUAGUGGCAUGUUCUAACCAGAACUCAAAAUUCUCCUAACUUCUGGUGCUUACUUCCCAGGAAUGGCUCUGGUUUUUGUAAUCAGCAGCCUCUGUCAGAGGCUCUAAUGCUUGCACUAUUAGCAGUCCUACAGGAACCAAGUCUCCAUUAGAUCUGCCCUGGUGGAAGACAGACUAUGAACCUCCUUGCCCCUUCUAGUACAUAAAAACAAACAUGUCUCUAUGCUGGUUUUGAACACUAACUUUCAAAGUCCCUACUCUUCUGCAGCUCCUUAAUAAUUCCAGUAAGCUCAAAACAAUUUAACAGGUCUGGCUGGGAGUCCCCUGAAGGCAGUUUAAUUGAUCUCAGAGUUGUUCCACACUAACCCUCAUGGCCUGUGCAAGGUUAAUCUCUACUUCCCCACACCAUGUGUCUUAGUUACCUAGUGCUUUUGUAACAAAAAUAGCACAAAUGGGUGGCUUUAAAGGACAGAAAUUAAUUUUCUUGCUGUCCCAGAGGCUAAAAGUCUAAAUCAGGGCCUUGGCUGAGUCAAUUCCUUCUAUGGGCCUCUUUCCCAGUUUCUGGUGGCUGCUGGUAAUCCUUGGUAUUUCUUUGUUGUAUAAGGUCCUCACAUGGUGUCUGCCUUACUUCUGUGUGUGUCUCUGUCCUGCUUUUUAUAACUCAAGUAAUUAGGUUUAGGGCCCACCCUACUCUGG